CCACAUUCAUACUAUCGAUCAUGACGGCAUCUGCAGGAGAUAUUCAAGUACUGUUGCGUUUUCUGGCACAGGACGCCAAAGUCCCACUUGCACAAGCCAUAGGCAAGGUCAAAGACUUACAGACCGCUAAACUAGUCACGCCCGCAGACAUUGCCAAAUCAAGCUUCGAUGAGGUCAAAGCCGUCUUUGAAGACGAGAAAAUCGCAAAGCAGGUCCUGAGCAGCGCGAAACGGGUUGUUAAAAAACGAACGGCAUCAAGUGACAGCCCAUCGCUUCCUUCCCCAAAGAAACCAAAGCCAAGUUAUGGCCAGCCACUUACGCCCGCCGAACUAGAAGCAUCCCUGGAGCUUCCCAGUGUUUCCGUCUCAGAGUCGAUGUUGUCUGAUGUAGUUAUAUAUACGAAUCGAGCACCACUGGUGCUUGCUUUUGCAGCAACCUUACUGGAAUUCACCAUGCCAGCGCAACCUCUAUCAAGCAGACUGAGCCUCGCUCAAGCGGUAGUGUCAGCCAACAGCCGUACCAAAGCCGUAUCCUUGGGUAUCGAGCAAGGAAAGUCGGCUGAAGAGGAGGGAUGGGGAGAGGGGCAUCCUAUCAUCAAGAUUAUGGGUCGUGAAGUCAGAGUUAUGAAGAGAUGGGGUUACCAAUGGGACGCCUUGGAUGAAGAGGGGGCCUCGCAAGAAACUAUCAAGGAAGCCACAACUGGUGAUGAUGAUCCUGCACUUUGGGGUGUAGACCUAGAAGCACUAAGGAAGAAGAACAACCCAGGAACGAGUACCGCUCGUGGCUCGCAGACUAAUCAACUACCAAUAUAUACCGCACAGUCCGCUAGAGCCUACCUACUCAAAUCCUUUGAAACGCCGAAAAGCGAAGACACAUCCUCGGAAACGCCCCCAAAAAAGGGUGCAGUGGUUGCUCAAAAGGAGCAGAACCUAGCUUUGCUACUGGGAGCUCUGCGACUCGUAUUUGAAUCAUGGUCUUCUGUGCUAAGCAAAGAUGAUUUGGACAGGCGAGCUUGGGCUUGGUACGUUACAGUCCGACCAGAGGUAGAGGCUGGUGUUGCUGGUUGGGGCGCAAAGGGACCUGUGAAGCUUGCAGAUGUACUAGCGUUAAGACGUCCGGCUCAAUGAUGUGCUUGCUUUGGGGUUAUGGUUCCUCGUGGAUGUGUUUAAACAUCUGCUGUUAUCUUCCAAUUCAUAUCAAUGCCAAGUGCAGUUAAUUUUAUGGUUGUCG